AAAAAAACCUCUCAUACUUCGAACAUAGAGAGAGAGAACAGUGGCUGCCCAACCUGAAGCAUUUUGCAUGCAUUCAGCUCUUUCACAGCAAUUGGAGUCCCUUCACUGACAACUUAACUGUAACAUCACAAAAACUAAACACAAGAGAGGAAAGUUGAUGACAAGUAACAGCCUCUCCUGCUGUACCAGGUAGAGGUGCUCUGAAAAUAUGGCUAGUUUCUGGACACAGCUGGGACUGCUACUCUGGAAGAAUUUAACAUAUAGAAGGAGACAAACAUUUCAGCUGCUGAUUGAGGUAGCAUGGCCCCUUUUCCUGUUCUUUAUAUUGAUCUCUGUGCGACUCUCCUAUCCACCAUAUGAGCAACAUGAAUGCCACUUCCCAAACAAGGCAAUGCCUUCUGCCGGGACUCUGCCAUGGAUACAAGGCAUUAUUUGUAAUGCAAACAACCCGUGUUUCCGCUACCCAACGCCGGGUGAAUCUCCUGGAGUGAUCGGCAAUUUUGACAAAUCGAUCAUCUCCCGUCUGAUUUAUGAUGCCAAGAAGAUUCUUCUGUAUAGCCAAACGGAUGGCAACAUGGGAGCCUUUCACAAACUGUUUGAAGCUCUAAAGAGGUUCAGCAACUCUACUUCAGAUCUCAGACUCCAGGACUUCUUAAUUGAGAAUGAGACGCUGUCGGAAUUUCUGUAUCAAGACAUGUCGUUUGACCAUUAUACAGUGAAUGAGAUCCUGGAUGCUGAUGUAAAUUUUGGAAAGGUCAUUACAGAGGGGCAAGGAUUACAGCUGAAGGACCUUUGCAAUGGUCCGAAACUGGAGGACUUUGUUAUCAUUGGAGAUCGCUCCACAGCCACUAACGCUCAAUCUCUCAUUUGCACUCUCUCUGAGGCAGAACUGAAAAGAGUCGAACGAGCGUUCUUUUCCAAUCUGGAUAUUGUAAAGUUAACGCAAAAAGGAUUGACCACUAAUCCUAGUGCAGCAUUAGAAGUAACUGAAUCGAUGGAUGCUGUGCUGCAAAAUCUCAUGAUUCUUGCUAAAGAGCUGACGGAAGUGAAGAGUUGGAGUGACAUGAGAAGAGAGGUGAUGCUGCUGUCCAAGGACAACGUGACCGGAUCACCACAGGAGCUGUACCAAGCUGUGUCGAGGAUUGUGUGCGGCCACCCAGAAGGCGGGGGUUUAAAAAUCAAAUCCCUAAAUUGGUACGAGGACAGCAACUACAAGUACCUUUUGGGUAAAAAUGGCACAGACGAGGAGACUGCACACUAUGAUAAUUCAACAACGCCAUACUGCAAUGAUCUAAUGAGGAAUUUGGAAUCCAAUCCCAUUUCUAAGAUGAUCUGGAGGGCAAUGAAACCAUUGCUCGUCGGUAAAGUUCUGUACACUCCUGAUACCCCUGUGACUCGGAGAAUCGUCAAAGAGGUUAACAAGACAUUUCAAGAGCUAAGUAUCUUCAGAGAGGCCGGAGAGAUGUGGGGAGAGAUUGGACCAAAGAUCCGGGAAUUUAUGGAAAAAAGCCAGGCAAUGGAUCUGAUUCGAAGCCUAUUAAAGAAGCACGUUACGGCAAAGUACGUUGACUCAAAGUUAGCUGGGACCUCUUGGACGGCUGCUGACCUCUCCAACUUUCUUGCUAAAUAUCCAGAGGAGGUCCACCAUCCGAAUAGGUCAACGUACACCUGGAGGGAGGCUUACAAUGAGACCGAGCAGGCAAUUCACACGAUAUCACUCGCUAUGGAGUGUAUAAAGUGGGACAAACUGGAGGCGGUGUCCACUGAGGAGAAGCUAAUAAACAAAUCCAUGGAACUGCUGGAUGAAAGGAAAUUCUGGGCUGGAAUUGUCUUCCUAGGACCUGACUCAAACAGUACCAAACCUUCGGAGCAUGUCAAGUAUAAGAUUCGGAUGGAUAUAGACAAUGUGGAGAGAACAAACAAGAUAAUGGAUAGCUACUGGGAUCCUGGUCCUCGUGCUGACCCAUUUGAAGACCUCCGUUAUAUUUGGGGUGGUUUCUCUUAUCUCCAGGAUAUAAUAGAGCAUGCAAUUAUCCGCACGAUGACAGGGAGCAAAGAGAAAACCGGCGUGUAUAUUCAGCAAAUGCCAUACCCCUGCUACGUGGAUGACUUGUUUCUUCGCAUCUUGAGCCAGUCACUGCCGCUUUUCACCACUCUGGCCUGGAUAUAUUCUGUCGCUGUGAUCAUUAAAGGGAUAGUGUACGAGAAAGAAGCACGCCUCAAGGAGACCAUGAGAAUUAUGGGGUUGAGCAGCGGCACCUUGUGGCUCAGCUGGUUUAUCAGCAGUUUAAUCCCUCUUCUUGUCAGUGCUGCCUUGUUGGUGAUAAUUUUAAAGGAAGGAAACAUCCUGCCUUACAGUAAUCCCAUUGCUGUCUUCUCGUUCCUUGCUGUUUUUGGGGUGGUAACCAUCUUACAAUGCUUUUUGAUCAGCACCAUGUUCUCAAAGGCUAACCUGGCAGCAGCCUGUGGAGGGAUCAUCUACUUCACCCUGUACCUCCCAUACGUGCUCUGUAUGGCCUGGCAGGAGUAUAUUACCUAUCCAGUCAAAAUCGUUGCUAGUCUGCUAUCCCCAGUUGCAUUUGGCUUUGGCUUUGACUACUUUGCCCAGUUCGAGGAGCAGGGAAUUGGAGUCCAGUGGCAUAACCUCUUCUCGAGUCCAUCAAAAGGCGAUGAGUACAACAUCACCACUUCCAUCGUCCUCAUGAUAGUUGACACGUUCCUCUACGGAGUCCUAACCUGGUACAUUGAGGCAGUUUUUCCAGGUCAAUAUGGCAUUCCCAAACCAUGGUAUUUUCCUUUCACCAAAUCCUAUUGGUGUGGAGACACGGUUCAGAACAUUAAGCAGACUCCAUCUGCUAGGAAUGCAAAUUCGCAGAUCUGCGUGGAAGAGGAGCCAAGUCACCUUAAACUCGGUGUCUCCAUUCAAAACCUGGUCAAAAUUUACCGCAAUGGCAAGAAACUGGCAGUUGAUGGGCUCAGUCUCAGCUUUUAUGAAGGACAAAUCACCUCUUUCCUGGGACAUAAUGGAGCUGGCAAAACUACCACUAUGUCAAUCUUGACAGGAUUGUUCCCGCCCACCUCUGGAACUGCCUAUAUCCUGGGAAAAGAUAUCUGUUCCGACUUGGAUUCCAUUCGGCAAAGCCUGGGGGUGUGCCCGCAACACAAUGUCCUUUUUGACAUGCUUACUGUCGAGGAACAUGUUUGGUUUUAUGCACGGCUAAAGGGAUUGUCAAAGAAAGAGGUGAAGGCGGAGGUGGAGCAGAUGGUCUUGGAUGUGGGGCUGCCUAGCAAACGCAAAGAAACAACCAACAAACUUUCAGGCGGGAUGCAACGUAAACUUUCAGUGGCUCUUGCGUUUGUUGGCGGCUCAAAAGUUGUCAUCUUGGAUGAACCAACUGCUGGAGUUGACCCUUACUCCCGCCGAGGAAUAUGGGAUCUUUUGCUUAAAUAUCGCCAAGGUCGGACCAUUAUCCUCUCCACGCAUCAUAUGGAUGAGGCAGAUAUGCUGGGAGACCGGAUUGCCAUUAUUUCUAAUGGCAAGCUAUGCUGUUGUGGAUCAUCGCUGUACCUAAAGAACCAAUUGGGAACAGGCUACUACCUCACCCUGGUCAAGAAAGAUUUGGAGCCAUCUCUCAGCUCCUGCAGAAACAGUAGCAGCACCAUGUCAUAUUUGAAGAAGGAGGACAGUGUUUCUCAAAGUAGCUCUGAUGCUGGGCUUGGCAGUGAUCAAGAAAGUGAUACCAUAACAAUAGAUGUUUCAGCCAUUUCUAAUCUGAUCUUGAAACACAUCCCCAAGGCUCGCUUGGUUGAAGAUAUUGGCCAUGAACUGACAUAUGUGUUACCUUAUGAGGCUGCUAAGGAUGGGGCUUUUGUGGAACUUUUCCAUGAGAUCGAUGAUAGACUGUCUGACCUUGGAAUUUCCAGCUAUGGGAUCUCCGACACGACCCUGGAAGAAAUAUUCCUUAAGGUUGCUGAAGAUAAUGGAGUAGAUGCAGAAACCUCAGAUGGCCUGAUUCCAGCCUGCCGAAACAGGAGAUCAAGGUUUGUGGACAGGCAGAGUUGCCUGAGACCGUUUACUGAUGAUGACGAUGCUGCUGAUGUCAAUGACUCCGAUGGUGAUCCAGAGGCCCGGGAAACGGACUUGCUGAGUGGGAUGGAUGGGAAAGGAUCUUACUCAGUCAGGGGCUGGAAUCUUUUUCGGCAACAGUUUGUGGCAUUGUUCUGGAAGAGACUGAUUUAUGCCAAGCGCAGCAGGAAAGGAAUCUUUGCUCAGAUUGUCCUGCCUGCUGUGUUUGUGUGCAUAGCACUGGUGUUCAGCCUGAUUGUGCCCCCGUUUGGUAAAUAUCCCAGCUUGGAGCUGCACCCCUGGAUGUAUGAUGAGCAGUACACUUUCAUUAGUAAUGAUGCCCCUGGAAAUGAGAACACGAAAAAACUGCUUGACUCUCUUGUUAAUAAACCAGGAUUUGGCACUCGGUGUAUGAAAGGGAACCCUAUUUGGAAUAAUCCCUGUGAGCCUACAGUUGAAGAAUGGAUAACUCCUUCUGUUUCGGAUUCUAUAAUGGACGUCUUCCUUGAUGGAAACUGGACAAUGGAUAAUCCUUCCCCGUCGUGUCGGUGUAGUGAUAACGCGGUAAAGAAGAUGCUCCCUGACUGCCCUGCAGCCGCUGGUGGACUUCCUCCUCCUCAGAUUAAAUUGAACUCUACAGACAUCCUGCAGAACCUGUCAGGCAGGAACGUGUCAGAUUACCUUGUGAAAACUUAUGCACAAAUCAUUGGGAGAAGUUUAAAGAACAAAAUGUGGGUGAACGAAUUCAGGUAUGGAGGAUUUUCGCUAGGCGGGGAAGGCUCUCAGUUACUACCACCAGGAGAAGAGAUCUCUCAAGCCAUACUCCAGUUAAAGAAGACACUUGAAUUGACUCGGGGCAGUGCCUCUGACCGCUUUAUGAGCCAACUCCCGAAGUUUAUGUCCGGAUUAGACACAAAAGAUAAUGUGAAGAUCUGGUUUAACAACAAAGGUUGGCACGCCAUAGGAGCCUUCCUGAACGUCAUGAACAAUGCCAUUCUGCGUACUCGUCUAGCAGAGGGCGAAGAUCCAAGCAUGUAUGGAAUCACUGCCAUCAAUCAUCCCCUCAACCUGACCAAAGAGCAAAUCUCUGAGGUGGCUCUGAUGACCACUUCAGUGGAUGUUUUAGUUUCUAUCUGCGUGAUCUUUGCCAUGUCCUUUGUCCCGGCGAGUUUCGUUGUUUUCCUGAUUCAGGAGCGGGUCACCAAAGCGAAACACAUGCAGUUCAUCAGCGGAGUGAAGCCGGGCAUCUACUGGCUCGCUAACUAUGUGUGGGAUAUGUGUAACUACGUGGUUCCUGCCACCUUGGUCAUUUUCAUUUUUGUCUGUUUCCAACAAAAAUCCUAUGUGUCUUCAUCCAAUCUGCCUGUUCUGGCUUUGCUUCUCUUCCUCUAUGGGUGGUCCAUCACCCCUUUGAUGUACCCAGCAUCGUUUGUGUUCAGGAUCCCCAGCACUGCCUAUGUGAUAUUAACCAGCGUGAACUUGUUCAUUGGUAUUAAUGGCAGCGUGGCAACCUUUGUAUUGGAGCUGUUUAGCAACACUAAACUGAACAGUAUUAAUGAAGUCCUGAAGUCCGUGUUCCUGAUCUUUCCCCACUUCUGUUUGGGCCGUGGAUUGAUUGACAUGGUAAAAAAUCAGGCCAUGGCGGAUGCCUUAGAAAGAUUUGGUGAGAAUCGUUUUGUUUCCCCGCUUUCCUGGGAUCUCGUGGGAAGGAACCUGUUCGCUAUGGCUGUGGAGGGAGUGGUCUUCUUUUUCAUUACUGUCCUGAUUCAAUACAGAUUCUUUAUAAAACCGAGACGCACGUCUCUAAAGCUCCCGGUGCUAGCUGAUGAAGAUGAGGAUGUGGCUAAGGAGAGGCAGAGGGUUCUGAGUGGUGGGUGUCAGAAUGACAUCCUGGAGCUGAAAAGCCUCACAAAGGUUUACAGGAUGAAACAGAAGCCUGCAGUGGACAGACUUUGUGUCGGGAUCCCUCCAGGAGAGUGUUUUGGACUCCUAGGGGUGAACGGUGCAGGGAAAACAACAACCUUCAAGAUGUUGACCGGAGAUAGUUAUGUGACAGGAGGAGAAGCUUUCCUCAAUGGUUACAGUAUUCUGUCCAACAUGCAAGAGGUCCAUCAGAACAUGGGUUACUGUCCUCAAUUUGAUGCCAUCAACGAGCUGCUGACUGGCCGGGAACAUCUGGAGCUGUAUGGACUCCUUCGUGGAAUUCCUGAAAAAGAGAUCUGCAAGGUUGCUGAAUGGGGGAUCCGAAAGCUGGGAAUUAUUCGAUAUGCAGACAAAAGGGCUGGCAACUACAGCGGUGGGAACAGGCGCAAACUCUCCACUGCCAUGGCUCUGCUUGGAGGGCCUCCUGUGUUAUUUCUUGAUGAACCCACGACAGGGAUGGAUCCGAAGGCUCGGAGAUUCCUGUGGAACACAAUUCUCAGUAUUGUUAAAGAAGGGAGAUCAGUUGUCUUGACAUCGCACAGCAUGGAAGAGUGUGAGGCUCUCUGCACUCGAAUGGCCAUAAUGGUGAAUGGCAAAUUCCGAUGUCUGGGUAGCGUACAGCACCUCAAAAACAGGUUUGGAGAUGGAUAUACAAUAAUCGUGCGGAUAACGGGUCCUAGCCCAGACCUGACUCCUGUGGAGGAGUUCUUUAAGCGGGCUUUCCCUGGCAGCAUACUCAAAGAGAAACACCGCAGCAUGCUCCAGUACCAGCUGCCUUCCUACCAGUCCUCCUUAUCGAGGAUCUUUAGCAUUCUCUCCAGCAACAAGGAGAAGCUUCAAAUUGAGGACUACUCUGUUUCGCAAACCACACUAGACCAAGUAUUUGUAAAUUUUGCCAAGGACCAAAGCGACGAUGACCUCUCCAAGGACAUGUCUAUUCACAGAAAUGAAACCGUCUUAGAUGUUACACUCCUGAAUACAUUUUUACAUGACAACAGUGUGAAGGAAAGCUGUGUGUGAGCUGAUGAACUGAAUUUCAGACUGAAAAAGAGACUUUACUUCACUCAGAAUGGAAACUUCUCUGGGAGAAGGAAGAUUAAAACUGGACACUCUACUGAUGCCAUUCAAUGCAAUCCAAUGCAACAAUUCCACUAUCUUGAGACAAAAUGGUGCCUCUGUUAGUUUUUGAUUAGUACUGAGGAUAAGUGUAAAACUUGAAUAUUGUUGGUAUUACGACAUGACUUUGAGAAACUCUUGGGUUGAAUUCAAUUCCCAUUAAGUUAUCAUUUAACAUUAGCGAUAUGACAAUCUUACAGUUAUUGAUUAGUCAUGGCCAGUAAUUGAGUUAGCUAAUCAAUAACUGAUGCAUACAAAUGUGCACACACACCACCCCCUCCCACAUUUCAUUAUAAAUGAUGAAAUAUGUACCGCAUUCUGACGCUUUCAGAAUACGUAACCAAAGCCUGGGCACAUUUCUUGUAAUAAUCCCUGUGUGUGACUUUCUUAGAAAUUUUUUUAAAAAUCUUAAUAAAGUAACAUAUUUAUUUACCAUUGCAGGUAUAACCAGCUAAAAGAGAAGUUUACAUAAGUAUUGCAUCCCUGACUUCAACAGUGAAUCUGUAUAUUUUCAUAGGCAUUAGAGUUUUCAACUGAUUCAUGUUCAAAACUCCAUUUUGGCCAUUUCAUUCCAAGCACUUUACACAGACGGUUCUGGAACUUAUUUGUUUUUUUGUUGUUGUUUUCACAGUAAUAGCAAUUAAUCAUUGUAAAAGCAAACAAAAAUAAUUGGCAAAGCUUGGUGAUGACAAAGGCUUGACGCUUAUAAGUUAAAGUCAUUUUUCUUACAAUAAGGUUGCAAUACCAAAAAGUACCAUGUUUGUGAGAAAGUAUUAAUGUGUAAGUGUAUUUGUACAUUGUUUUCAGUUUCACAUGCAUUAAGCUAGGAAAUAAAAUUGUGAUAACA